AUGUAUAGAAUCGCCAUUGCAGCCUCAGAUGAUAUUAUCAUGCAACACCGCCAGCUGUCUCGCUCACACGGUAGGGAAAAAACAGAUCACGAGGACACCGCCGCCAUGUUAGCUACCUUGCCAACGGCCCUGUGGUCCACAGGGGCAACAGACGUUGGUCACUGUCACUCAGUAACACCUAUUACAUUCACAUUUGACUGCCCCUUUCCAUACUACAUUGACCAUCACCAAUACCGACACAAACCAGAGGCAGAGGCAGGCGUGGCUGACACAAUAUCCGGUCUGUUAAAAGUAGGGGUUUUGGUUCCAUCUACCUCUCGGUGGAAUACACCCAUUCUCCCCGUCCCCAAACCUGGCACCGACAAAUACAGGAUGGCUCAUGACCUACGACGCAUCAAUCGAAUUGUUACCACCCCAACAGUCUCUGUUCCAAACCCCUACACCUGUAUGGCUGCGGUUGGCCCUCAACAUCAGUGGUUUUCAUGUAUUGAUUUGGCCAAUGCGUUCUUCUGUCUCCCCCUGGCGGAGCAUCUUCGCCACAUGUUCGCAUUUACAUUUCAAGGCCGUAAAUACGAGUACACUGUUCUCCCCCAGGGUUUCGUUUUAUCGCCGGGCGUGUUCAAUCAGGAGCUACGCAAACUUUUGCAGGAUGUGCCACUACCGGACGGGGUGGUUUUACUUCAGUAUGUGGACGAUUUAUUAUUGGUGGCCACCACGCCCCUCAGCUGCCUGAACGCCACUCAGACUGUUCUGCGUCAUUUGUUUAAUUGCGGGUUCAAAGUCUCGAAGUCCAAACUCCAGUGUUGCCGUCGGUCCGUCACUUUCUUGGGACGUGUUAUAUCGGGGGAAGGAUCAGGAGUGUCCGCGGCGCAUCGUUCGGCGAUUCUUCAGCAUGACAAGCCUCGCACGGUCAAGGACAUGCUGUCAUUUUUGGGGUUGACAGGUUUUAGUCGACAGUAUGUCCCCGGGUACGUCGACAGCACAGCCCCCUUACGCACCAUCAUUAAUGCACAAGGCAUGCGCAACCUAAACAAGGUCCUGACAUGGGACAUUCCGGCCGAGGAAGCUUUUAUCAAAUUGAAACAGGAUCUCGCCCGCGCGGCUGAACUGGCGCUUCCGGACUACACAUUGCCUUUUUAUUUGGAUGUUUCUGAAACCACCCUAUCGGCGAAUGGGGUGUUGUUUCAGAAAAAAGAGGGUGGCAAGAAAGUACUGCUAUACCUCAGCGUAAUGUUCGACAACACAGAGAAACGACAGCCAUUAUGCACAAAACAUGCGGCAGGAGUAGCAAAACUACUUCAAAAAUCGGCUCACAUAGUCAUGGGCCACCCAAUCACGGUACUGACGUCGCACGGAGGUAUGGCCUACAUCAAUUCAAACAUGUUCACAUUAACAACAAACAGACGCAUCAGGAUCGACAAUGUAUUAGGAGCACCAAAUGUAACAUACACACAUGAAGGUAUCAAUAUGGCAGAGGGAAUGACAGGGGGAGAAGGUGACAGUCAUGUAUGUGAACACAGGGUGCAAAAAGAGGUCAAGGUCCGACCGGAGUCGAGGGCAUAUUUAAACAGUCAUGGGUUAGAACACGCAGGAUAUAGAGAGAUGAUGGUGCGUCUUACACAUUGGUGGCACCCUCAUCUACCAGCUAUGGUGGCUAACUAUGUGGCUGAAUGUCGGGUGUGUCAGGAGUAUAAUGUAAGACCAACUCUGAAACCACAUCAAGGAAUGUUUCCACUACCAAAAACCCCAGGUCAGGAAAUAGUCAUUGACUACACCGACAUGAUAAACUCAGUACGUGGUCAUCGCUACCUCCUCGUAGCGGUGGAUGGGUACACAGGAUGGCCUGAGGCUGUCCCCACAAAACAUGAGGAUGCAAAAUCUGUAUGUAAAUUUUUGACUAACACUUAUAUUCCGUUCCAUGGGUUCCCUAAACGAAUCAGGUCAGACAAUGGGUCACACUUCAAAAACAAACAUCUCCAAUUGGUAGAACAAAGUCUGGGGUUGGUGCACGCGUUUGGGGCAGUGUAUCAUCCCCAGUCACAGGGAAAGGUUGAACGCAUGAAUCGAAAUCUGAAAUGCAAGUUGGCCAAAAUCUGUGCAACAACUAACAUGAAUUGGGUAGAUGCUCUCCCUAUUGCCCUAGCAGCCAUCAGGAGUUCAGUGAACACCUCUACAGGAUUCACCCCAUAUGAACUUCUGACGGGGCGUCAGUUUCCGGGACCGGGAGCUGGGCUGGACCUACUGGAGGCGGAGGGUGAGUUGGCGCAUCAACCAUACUAUGAUCAGCUGUCUGCUCUGGUAUCAUCCUUCUCCAAACAGGUACAGGAGAAACGGGGGACAGCACAGGAUCCAGUCAAGGCCUUCACUGCAGGACGGUGGACAGGACCAUUCAAGGUCAUCGAGAGAACCUCGCACGCCCUAAGGGUGCUGGGGAAAGGGAGUACGUGGUACCACUGGAGCAUGUGUUCUGCUGCUCCAGAACCCAGUCGUACGUUGCAGGAGUUGGUGGAGAAGGGCCAGGAGGGCCAGUGAACUGUUUGCUAUUUGCUACGAA